CUGCCCCGCACCAGCUGCAUGCCGGGAACGGGUGGCGAAGCGGACCCGAGGGCGUCAUGUCAGGUCUUGCAGGCUGCGCAGUGCACACUCUGCGCACACUGCCAGCAGGUGAACAAGUGAGUCUGUGGCCACAGGUCACAGCAGAACCUGAGUACAUGGUUUUUCACAGUGGUGUAAACAAAAUAAAAUGAAACACUACAUUGUUGGAAUUGGUGGUAUGACAAACGGUGGAAAAUCUACACUUGCACAACGACUUGCACAAGCACUUCCAAACAGCUUUGUAUUGUACCAAGAUACAUUUUUCAAGGCCGAGAAUGAGAUAGAAAUUGGAGAGGAUGGUUUUCAACAAUAUGAUGUCAUCUCUGCCUUGGAUAUGAAAUUAAUGAUGAAUGUUAUUUACUCCUGGAUGAAGAAUCCAACUGCUGUACCUGGUGAACAAGCAGCAUCGAUUGCAGCAGAGAAAAAAUACGUUAACAUCCUUAUAGUGGAUGGUUUUCUCCUUUACAAUUAUAAGCCUCUGAAUGAUGUUUUUAAUAUCCGCUAUUAUCUCUCUGUUCCAUAUGAAGAAUGCAAGAGGCGAAGGAGUACAAGAAUUUACACUCCUCCUGAUCCACCUGGAUUCUUUGACAGGCAUGUGUGGCCAAUGUACCUCAAAACCAGAAAAGAGAUGGAAGAGAACGAGCAAGACUUAAUUUACCUGGAUGGAACAAACUCUCCAGACAAGUUAUUUAUUCGAGUGCAUGACGAUAUUUUGAGGGAAAUUCACAAACUUCAAGACGGCUGUAAUGGUGGAUCUAACCAAACAACAAUGAAACAAGGUGCUGGAAGCCCAUGAAAGAACACAAACAGCAGCGAACUGCCUGUGAACAAGGAGGGUCAGUGGAAAACUAAAGACGCCACUGAAAAGUAGAAUAAUGAUGCGGUAUAACCAUCCAAAUUGGACUUAAAACUUAAAGGAAUGUCCCAUUAAAUAAUAUAAGCUAUUUAAGUUUGAUAGUGGAAUAGUAAUAGUUUCAGAUGGCAAGAGUAGAUAAUUUGUUCAUCUAGCCUACCCAUCUAACUUCCCAAUUGGUUCCAUUGAAACAUUUAUCUCAUCAUCUAUAGUGCCUUAAUUAUCAUGUCAAAAUGUCUCAAAGUACUUCACGUGAUAAUAUGAAGGGUACUACUAAUUCAUUAUGUAGGCAAAUGGAGCAAUCAAACUGCACUGACAGACAGCAGUGCAUUAACUACAAAUUAUUUUUUUGCGUGAAUUUGCAUGAGAAAUGACUAAUAAUAUAACACUAAUCCUUGUAUUUGGUAUAGUGCCAUGUCAUCAAGACAUAUCAAAGUGCUGCACAGGAUUUACUGAAAGAUGUAGUGACUGUCUUUUGUAGGUGAAAGUGGAGCCAGUUUGCACACAGCAGUGUCCCACAAACUGCCAUGGAGUGAAUGACCAAUUUUAUUUGGGGGAUAGUUGGCCAGGAUACUGUGAGAAGUUCCUUCUCUAUUUGAAUAGUUCCAUGAGAUCUUUAACGUCCACCUGAACAGACACUGGACCUCAGUUUAAUGUCUCAUCCGAACACCUGUACCUCCAACAAAGGCACUCCCUGAGCACUGAAUUAGACAGUCAGACUAGCAUUUGUGAGUUCAAAUCCUAAAAUGGGGCUGAACCAGGCUCACACCUAUAUGGAUAUUGUGAAACUACUGCAUAUCUAAUUUUAAAAGGAAAGGUAUGUUUGAACUUUUAGAUCCAAGCCUAGAUCCAGAUUUAAUUCUAGACCUAGUCCCAGAUUUAGAUUCCAGCUCCAGCUCCUUUGUCACAUGUAGUACCCAAAUCUCUGAACACUUGUCAAAUAUCUUGAGUGUCACACAAAUUGUCAAUCAGUAUCUGAAAGUAUACUUCAAGGUAAGUUGUAAUUGUAAACUGUAAUCCCUACGCCUCAGCCCAGCUUCUAGUCAGCUCUGGGAAACACUUUGAGAUGUCUUCCUGAUGUGAAAGGCACUAUAUAAAUGAAAAAAAUGUUAUAACAAUACAAUACAAAUUUACAUUUAUAGAGCGCCUUUCACAUUGGGAGGGCAUCCUAAAGUACUUGCCACCACUGGCUGGGCAUUUGAGCUGGCGGUGGGAGGAGAAAGAUGACUGAAAGCAUGGUCAAAGAGAUGUGUCCUCAGCCUGGAGUGUUGUUACAAUAAAUCCUUCAUUGAAUGUAUAGAAUCACAAGUUAAAAGCAAAUUGUCUUUUUAUCUCAAACUUACCCAUGUAUAAAACAGCAGUUAUUCUAUAAUCUGUACUUUGAGGGUUUCUUGGGGGGGGUCAGCCAGGUGUCUGGUACAUGCGGAAACGUAUCACCAAGCUUAAGAGUAUCCAAACCAAACUGAGAAUUCCAUAUAUCCCACCGAGACCUGGAAAUUCCCAUUAUGGAAUGGAAUAGGCUCUCUCUCCCCGGAGGGAUGUUACCUAAUUCCGGAAAGUAUUAGGCACAGGUUUGCAAGAGCCAAGGCUUGGGGACCCCAGAGUGUGCGUUGGGGUAACCGCUGGAGUCUAACCGGGUAGGUACUGGCAAACCACUAAAUAACUCAUGUUACAAGGAAAGGCAUAUGAGCGUUGUUUUAAAUGUAUGUUGUAGAAAAUGGCAUAAUUGUAUUUAUAUAUUUGUGGCGAGUAAAUAUAACCAAUACACUGGUGUUGUUUGCAAUGA